UGUCCUCCAACUAUAGUGUGUUCUGGUCCUGGAGCCAGAGGAAAAGUGGAGGGGUGAGGAAUCUAGGGGCAGAUUGAUUUUCUCGGGGGCAGUAACUGGCCAGAGGGGCUUUAAAGGAACUUCAAAGGCAGGAUCGGGAAAAAAAACUUGCCUGGAAAUCGGAAUGUUUUUCUCCUAAUGUUGACUUGCCGUUUGCCUCUUUCACACAUAAACCCCGUUUAGCAAGUUUGAAACACUUUAAGGCGCAAUGGCUGAGCCGCUGAGCCUCACGCAUCCCGAUCAGGGCUCCAGCAGCGAGCGGAGCGACGACUCGCCGUCUGCCGUGUCUGAGGAUGACUCUAGCGGCCACUGCGGCCACAUCUCCCAGCCUGACCCAGACUGGACCGAGGAAAGAUUUCGAGUUGACCGCAAGAAACUAGAAACUAUGUUACUGGUGGCCAAUGAGGGGAGGAUAAAUAGAGGAGAGGAUUUUUUUCAGAAGGUCAUGGAUGAAACCAACACUCAAAUCGCCUGGCCGUCCAAACUGAAGAUUGGAGCAAAAUCCAAAAAAGAUCCACAUAUUAAAGUCAGCGGAAAAAGGGAAGAUGUACGAGAGGCAAAAGAGAAAAUAAUGUCAGUUCUUGACACAAAGAGUAAUCGCGUGACCCUGAAGAUGGACGUAUCGCACACAGAGCACUCGCAUGUUAUUGGGAAAGGAGGCAAUAACAUCAAGCGAGUGAUGGAAGAGACGGGCUGUCACAUACACUUUCCUGACUGCAACAGGCACAGCCAGGGAGAGAAGAGCAACCAGGUGUCAAUAGCGGGUCAGCUAACUGGCGUAGAAGCAGCGAGAGUUAAAAUACGGGAGCUAUUGCCGUUGAUGCUGAUGUUUGAAUGCAGUGGUUUGGUGCAGCAUGUGGACUGUAGCUCUCCUGUAGUUCAGCAUAUCUCCCACACUUACAACAUCUCCAUCUCCUUUAAACCUCCCUCCCGUCUCUAUGGCAACACCGCCAUCAUCCGUGGCAACCAGAACAAUGCCAGUGGUGUUAAGCGUGGUACGGCUUUGUUAUUGGAGCACCUCGCUGGGUCUUUGGCCAGCUCAGUGCUGGUCAGCACACAACUGGACAUCGCGCUGCAACACCACAACUUUUUUCUGGGCUGCAACGGAGCCAACGUCAAGAACAUCUCCCAGCUCACUGGAGCCCACAUACACUUCCCCGAGCUCAACACACACACUAGCCCCUCAGCUGUCUACAUACAGGGCAGCAUUGAUGCUGUAUGUGCGGCUAGACAGCAGCUAAUGGACUGUCUCCCAUUGGUGCUGCUGUUUGACAUUAAGGAGGAAAUGGAGGUGGCAUCUCAAGUCGUCACUACACUUAUGGAGCAGCUGGAUGUCUUCAUCAGCAUUAAACCCAAACCAAAGCAGCCCAGCAAGUCUGUGGUAGUGAAGAGUGUGGAAAGAAAUGCUGGGAGUAUAUAUGAGGUACGCCGGAUCCUGUUGGCACUAGAGUCCAGCUGUGUGCCGCCUCCCAUCAACCACGUGGCUGUUAACGAACAUGCUCCCGCCUCCCCUCCCCUGAUUGGCUCCAUUGGACUGGACACCCUGGCUUCAGCUGGACUGAGUCUAAGCACUCUGGCUGGUCUUCUAAGGUCGCCUGUCAGCCCUAUUCCUAAUGGUUCGUCGAACCCAAACUGUAUUCUUAAUGGUCAUGGCUCUGUGUUAAACAUUCAGAACGGAGCAGUGAGCAACUCUCAGCACAUUCAUACACCCUCACAUGCACCUGCUCACACACAUUCACAUGCUACUGGUCACACAGCUUCACUAUGGGCCAGUGCACUCAGUUCAGCAGCUAACACAGCAGGGUUUUCCACAGACCUGAUGCUGCAGUCAGUGUCUCAGUCGACUCUUGGUGGUCUUCUGCUCUCUGGGGUCCAGAGUCAAGCGCACGCUCACACACCGUCCCCUCCACCUGGACUCGCACCAAUACACAAACCAGCCAGUGCAGAACAUCUAAACGGACAUCUUGCCAGUUCUGUGUACAGCCGAAUCUCCUCUGUGUCGUUGAACUCUGCCCACCGUGACGCAUCCCAGGAAGUUAUUGGACACUCCCAAUCAGAAUCCAUUUCCAAUAAAUCUGCAGAUGAAGGCUCGGAUACAUUUGUUGAAGUGGGCAUGCCCAGAAGCCCAUCUCACUCAGCCAAUGGGAAUGAGCUGAAGCAGAUGCUGGCCUCUUGCGCCGUGUCAUCAGGAAAACGACAAACAGCGGAACUUCUGCAGAGAACCAAGAACUCACUUCUUCAUGUUGAUCGUGUGUUAGGAGAUUCUGAUUGUGAGAAUCCAGUAGCUGACAAAAGAGCACCAGGAAGUGAAAGAGCUGCAGAAAGACGACUUGCACCACAUAUGCAGGCUUUUGACUAUGAGAAAAAGAAGCUACUGGCCACUAAAGCUAUGCUGAAGAAGCCCGUUGUGACAGAGAUUCGGACCCCCACAAAUACCUGGAGUGGUUUGGGUUUCUCUAAAUCCAUGCCAGCUGAGAGCAUGAAAGAGCUGCGCAGGGCACACCAUGGGCCAUAUAAACCUAGCAUAAGCACUACUUAUGAGGAUUCUCAUUUCUCUGUCUCACACUCUGGGAAUCAGGAGGAUUUGGGUAACGACACCGAAUCUGAUAAUUGGGGGGAUUUGAAUGGGAACGUUAACAUCAAUGGAAACGGACUGCCAGGAAAUACAGAAUUUUCCCCUGCUGUCAGAAGCCCGAAGAGACUCAAGAACAAAUAUUUAGGUGAGCAGUAUCUCAGCAGCAGUAAUUAUAUGGACAGUAUCUCUAUGUCUAGCAGCAAUGGCUGCUCUCUCAGUUCAUCUCUCAAAGGAACAGAUCUCCCUGAGCUGUUCAGCAAACUCGGUCUUGGCAAAUACACAGAUAUCUUUCAGCAGCAGGAGAUUGAUCUGCAAACAUUUGUCACACUGACGGAUUCAGACCUAAAGGAACUGGGAAUCACAACAUUUGGUGCUCGCCGGAAAAUGUUACUGGCGAUCUCAGAGCUGAAUAAGAGCAGGAGAAAGCUCUUUGACACGCCCAACAUUCGCUCCUCCUUCCUGGAAGGCGGGGCCAGCGGUCGUCUCUCGAGCCAAUUCCACUCAGACAUGGCGAGCGUCAGUGGUUGCUGGUGAUCUCUCACCUGUGGGAAUGUGGACCACAAACCACUUCAUACUGGACUAGACUGAUUGAUACAGAAAGGCAUGAAGCGAUGCAGGUUCUCUCAGAUCUAUAGAAUGUGGGGAGAGGUUUAUUAGUUUUGCUUUUUGUGAAUAAAAUAUGUGGAAAGGGAAUUUAUUCAUUAUUGUCAAGGGAAUGUGCCAUUCAUUUUGUCUUGCAUUUACUCUGGGUGAACAGGCAAAGCACAGAGUUAAAAACUAACCGUACUGUUAGCAAGAGCGCUUCAGUAUUGGUGUUUAGCACUUUAAUCUUUAAACUCUGCUGUUUUCGCCCGGUAGGUUGUAUGCAGUGUCUGUCUUUUGUAACGUCGGACUGUCCGGUAACAAAGCCAAACACGUGCAUUUAUUUAGCAGGUAUUUCCAGAUCAUACACAAAGGUCAACCAGCUGAUGCUGAUGUUGUUUACCAGACUGUUAUAUUCUUGUUCAGUUUAAUUACUCAUCGGUCAUUGUGGUAUUGUCAUAUUUUAAAUCUAUUUUAUUUUGUAGUUUCAUUAUGUUCUCAUAUUUUAUGUUAAUCUUUUAAGGCAUUAUCAGUUUACUUUUUUUAUUGUUUUUGUUUUUUACUUUUUUUUUUUUUAUCGUUUAAUCUGUGGUCUGAUUUGUCAGAACGUGUCAUCUCAAACAGAUGUCGGCCAUUUUCUGUGUAAAAGAAGUCUUUUCUGAAGGAAUAAGUUUAGAAAUAUUAUUCGUAAAAGUCCAGUGAUUUGUUUAGCAAAAAACUGUUUAAUUACAUUUACAUUUUGCGUGUAACACAGACAUCCUAUUUAAGCUGCAUUUGGUACUUUUCUAGUCUAAAUGGGGUGUUUGUUGAAAGUUUGAUGUUGGCAUGUACAGUAUAAUGGUAUAUGUUUCCUUCAUAAGUGCAAACGUUAUGUAUCUGCCAGGUGUUUUUCAGGUAUGUAUGUGCAUUUGUACUUUUACUUUACUCGUAGCUCAAAGCCAUAAAUUAAACUCAAGGGCUACUGUUGAUAAGUGUAGGAAUUUUGGACCAGCAAUUUCUUUUUUGUUGUUUUGGACCUGGCCGUGUAUAUCAAUAGAAGCGUUCACAGUGUUAGCUGGUCUUUAAUUUGUUUACACUUACAUCAGAUUUGUAGUAUAUUCAUGGUACAGCAUACUAAGAAGAAUGUAUAAUGCAUUGAAAGAGUUUUUCUGAAACAACCAUUUGGUAAAUACAUAAGAAACCUUGCAUCUUCUAUUUGGUUUAUUAGGGUUUAGUUUUUUUUAUGGAACGAAAAUAAUGACAGUAUUGCACAGAAUGCUUGUGGUACUCUUGUAUUAUUGCUCAGUGAUAUUAUUAACUACGUGAUUGUAGGUCUAAAGUGAAAAUCUCAUAAGAUUUACAUGCAAAAUAAAACGUUUUCAGAGAUGCAUAGUACGGAGAUAAAAUUCCUCACCUCUGUGGAACCAGAGUUUGGUUACUGAGCUGUGUUUGUGAUCAAGGUUCAUAUUGUUUUGUUGUUAAAUCAUGUUCAUUGUGUUAUAUUCACCCUUCAUCUGAAAUAACUUCACUGUUUGAAAUGUCAUUUUUUUUUUUGUCUUUCCUGAGGGAACAACUGUGUUGUUUGGUCAUUCUAAUUUUGCUUCCUCCUGGAGUGGAGCAUUGUGGGAGAAAUGUUUUGUUUUGGAUGUGACAUGUUUGUAUCACAUUUAAAUCUUUGACAAAGGGAACAAUGUUCGUUUUUGCCUUGUAGGAAUGUUCUGUAAAACCAAAUCAUUGUCUCUUAAAAUGGACAGAAGCCAUUUGCUGCCUGUGAUUUUGAGUGAUGCCAGAGUUUUCCUCUCUGAAAUAACAAAAAAGAGAUUUAAAGUAAAAGUUAAAGAACAAAAAAAUAUUUGAAUUGUUUGCCACUGGUUUGUGGUUUUGUUCUAGAAAAUAAAAAUGUUUGCAA